CAAGGAAUGAUAACGGAGGUCAUACUGUUUUAUACAAUAUAUAACUCCAGCCCAAGCAUUGGUAUACACCAUAAGCAUCUGGAAUCUUUCGUCGGUUGGAUUUUAUUUGUUACUAUCUUAUCGCCAAUUCCACUGUUUGUCAUCCAUCAGUUGUUUAGGAUCCUCAGAGACUCAAAAGUUAAAAAAGCAAAGAGCUUAAGGAAAGUGCUGAAGGUUCAACCUGUGAUACCCUUUGUGAGAGAUGCAGAAUCACUUGAGACAGAAGAAAAAUUUCACCGACUUGUAAUUAUAACAACAAACAAGAAAUGUAUGCGUGGCACUCCCCCUGUUUCUUACGGCUACACGAUUGUCAUUUCAGCAGAUCAAAACACAGCUCCUGUUCUAAAGAGUAGAACGUUAACAAAGAAAACUCUAUCCACUAUAUAUGGUAAUUCCAGUACCUGGACUUCUACCCAGCGCCCACAGUUCUACAAACUCUGCCAGAGAAGAAACGUGUCUGUUCCUGAGCUAACUUACUACAUAGGGAGCGAACAAAACGCCCCAAUAACCCAUAAUCGAUGGGUUAAUAAUAGCAAUACUACUUCACAAACAAUUCUAAAUAAUUGCUUUAGCCCACAGAAAACCACAAAGAAAAAGGAUCGUAUGGUUAACAAGAAAAUCUCCUCUACAGACUCCAUUUAAUCAGACGUUUAGGUAACACAGAAGACAGAUGAAAACACGC